ACUGGGGGAACGGUCGUGUUUUCAUUUUCUUCGUUUCGUCGGACGCGUUGUGGGUGAGUGUGGGUGGACCUUGGAGGAAAAGGGUGGACGGAGCGGAUUUCCCUCCGCCGCGACUGGAACGCGUCCUGGUGGCAGGCAGUGCUAGUGGCAGCUCCGGGCAACCAACGUAGAGCCUUACAGCCGGAGGGUCUCAUACGUCACGGGGAAGGCACCGCACCCGUGUUGUAACUCCAGAUAUUGCUUAUACUAGUUUGUGCAUUGGUUAAGAUGCAAUAUCUGCGAUUUAUUUUGUCGAUUAUUCAAAUUGAAAAUUUUGAAAACCACCUUUUUACACAGUGCGCUACCAACCACCACAUCCCGGAGAAUCUGUCCAAAACAGUUUGUUAGGUCUCAAAUAAACACUCAGAAAAUAAAUUAAAUGUUUUAGACUAAGACUUUGUUAAUGUUACGACUGUUAUGAAUAAUUUCAGGAAUUCCAGAAUGUUUUUAAUAAGUCGGUUGAUAGUAGUAGUUGCCAGUCUGCGAGAACCGGUAGUCACAUCCGCAUUCGUUUGUCUUGAGCGCGAAAGGGCUUUAGCGCAGCGCGGGAGAAACGGUUUAGAAACGGGAAACGGUCGACGAGUGAGUCGGUGCUUUAUCUCAAGAAUAGUCUGUAAAAGUUUUGUAGGUGUGGUUGAUUUACCCCAGUUAAAGGAGAUAAAGGGCGGUUCGGAAUGCCGAAUCAAUCGCAAUCAUCGUCUCAGAGAAAGGAAAUUACGGGCCAAAUGAAAACUGCCCACAAAUCAUCCAGAUUGAAACAGCAAAUGGAAUCCCUCAGUCAAAUGGAAAGUUCACAAUUCUCUCAGUCUUGGCAAACAAUGGUAACCAGAAUGCAAGCCUCAGAAGCUGCCCGUGAGAUGGAGGAAAGUCAAGUCAUGGAAUUUUCGGAAAUUUGUGAGCGACAGCAGCAAAACCAGUCUGAGCUCCUAUGUCAAAAUGAUCGGUUGGAAUUACGCUAUGAUACUGAAAUGAAACAUCAAGAUGCUAUCCUGACCAAGUAUAAUAAGGUCAUACAAAUGUUUAACAUACUAGGGGCCAGAGUUAAUACUGUUACGGACUGCCUGCAAAAGACAGCCGAUAUACAGACUGCUUACGGAAAGACUCUUGCCAGUCACAAAGCAGUAUUACAUCACUUGCAUCGCUCCUAUGAGACAAUGUGCAAUGUUUCCAUACCUCGCAUUUCAGAAUUGUAUCGUGAGCACUUGAAUCAAAGGAUGAAAUCUGACUGCAGUGUAGAAAAGGAGAAGGAAUUGAAUGACAACUGCAAACAAAAUGAGUUUGAAGAAACUUUAAAAGAGGAGAAUUUAUCCCAGCUGAAGGCUCGCCCUUGUGACAUUAAUAAUCAGGUAUCAGCUGAGAAUACGGAAAUUGAUAAGAUGACAAACAAUGAGGUUGCAUUGUUGAAAGAGAAAAGGGAGCUGAAACAAUCUCUUAAAUCUCAAGUUGAAAGCUUAUCAGCGAAAGAUAAUCGUACAGAACAUGAUAUACAAGUUGCCAGUACAGAAAAAGGGACAUCCACUUUGAAAACAAAAAAUCUGCAGAUUGAACUCUUGCAGAGAAAGGAAAGGGAGGGAAGUCUUUGUGUGGCUUUACAACCAAUAAAAACUAGUGUAGAAAACCUUUCUGGUUCCUUAUCAAAGAAGCAAGCAAGCGUUACUGAACUCUCUAAAUUACUGGAUGUGGAAACAAAGAACAGCCUCUCUUUAAAGAAAGAACUAGAUGGGAUCAGUCUGCAACUACAAGAUAUAGAAAGAAACUUCACUAGUCUCAUUGAUGAUUUGUCUAAAGAGGUGUUGAAAAUAUCCGCUGAUGCUGCAGAAACUGAAUUAUAUUUGGAAAAAGAACUAAAUAAUGCAAAACAGGAAGAGGCUGAUAUUCUUAAGGAGGAUGAAAAUGUUCUACAAAGCUUGGUCCAUAUGAAAACGCAAUUAAAGGAUAUACAAGAUGCCUAUAGUCAGGCCUGCCAGUCGAUUGCUGCUUGGGAAAGUGAUUCUGUUAAUGUGGCUAGAGAACUAACAAAAUUAAAAGAUGAAGAGAGAACUUUAAAUGAGCAUUUGGCAGCUGUGAGAUAUGCCACCCAAAUCACAGAGCAAUCCUUAAUUCAGAUAGAGGCAGUUCAUGACAAGACUGUUUGUGAGUUUGAGAAUCAACUUGUGUGCUCUGAGCAAGAAAACUCCCAUGCAAGUGCAGAGCUUGAAUCCUUAACUUCGAUGGAAGAAAAAUUAAACACCCAAAUCGUAGAGGCCAAAAGAGUUAGUGCCUAUUCAGAUACUGAAAUGAAAGAACACAAUGAAAAUAUUGUGAAAGAAAUGCAAGUUCAAAUUGCAGCCUCUGAAAAAGAAAUUGAUUCCAUAAAUGCUGACUGGUUAAAGAAAAUAGAUGAGUUGCAGCAAAAUUUGAAACAUUUGAUUGAAGCUGUCGAGAAGAGGAACACAGAAUUGAAUAAUUACAAGGAUUCUUUGCAGAAAUGCAGGAAACAGUCAGAAGAUCUCAAAAGUUUUAUCAAGACGAAAAUGGAGCAGAAGGAAAAACAAGAGAAAAUCAUCAAUGAUUUGACCUCAGAAAUAUCACAAUACUCUGAGAGAGAAGAGCACCAAAUUAUAGAGGGUCAAACAGUAGCUUUGAAGUUGCAGCAAGUUAGCAGAGAAAUCAAUCAGACUGACAGUCUUAUUUCAUCCUUGGAAAUUAAACUCCAACAAGUGUUGUCAGAAACUGAAAAGGCAGCCACAGAUCACAAAGUUGAGAAACAGAUAUUUAUGAGGGAUCUUGUUAACUUCCAACAAACUGCAGAGUGUCGCAGAGAUGAAGAGAGAAGCUUAUUGAAGCAGAGAACUGUCUGGAAAGCCAAAUAUGAGGAGAGUGAACAACAAGUACCUGAAAUGUGCAGUGCGCUGGUGCUUAAGAAACAAGAGGCCAGUCAAGCUCAUGAGACCCUCACAAAACUGAAGAGUGAAAUGAAAAAUGCCAAAGAAAGGCAGGUAAAAACAGAAAAGACACUAAAAAAUUCUGAGAAAGAGGCACACCAAGCCAAGAAAAGAAUGGACCACCUGAAAAACAAGAUUCUUGCACACAAGGCUGCCAGAAAGAAAGAACAAGAGAGAGCUGCUGAUGCCUUCAAUCUACUAUCGCAAGAAGUUAGGCCAACAAAACCAACUACACCUCAGCAGUUGGCUACUCUAAAGCCUGCGGAAAAAGAAAUAACUCCACUCUCAAUUCUUAAGCCUAAUGAAAAAGAAAUUACUCCACGCUCAAUUCUUAAAUCAUCCUCAAAACCCCCCACCCCACUGAAGACAGUCAAAUUUGUAGAUGACUUAGAUGAGUGUGCAAGUUCCUCAAGCUCUAUAGUGAUGGUGCCUGAAGUUACUGAUAGAAUUGCAUCGAAUCCUGGAGCCUUGCGCGAGAUUUUGGCUGAACAUCGAGAGCGUAAACAUUCAAAAUGGAUGCUUAAACAACAGGACAGCAACUGUAAGGUCUUCAAAGCUCCAUCUCAAGAGUUAGCACCAUCCAAUAAUACCACUCCAAAGUCAACGUCUUUGCAAAAUAAGGAAAAUGUUUUCGAUCCCCAAACACAAUUAUCCAAGAAGUCACCAACAGCUGGAUAUGAAUCUGACUUUGAUGAUGGUGCAAGCUCUUCGAGCUCCAUAGUGAUGGUGCCUGAACUCACCGAUAGAAUUGCCUCCAAUCCUGGAGCUUUUAGGCAGAUCAUGGCAGAACAUCAAGAACGUCAACGUCUUGCUAAAGCAGAGAAAAGGAAGCUUAAACAACAAGAAAUUGACAAUGAGUUGUAUCAAUUUCCAUCCAACGAUACUGUACCCUCCAGGAAUACAACACCUCAGUUUGUUUCUGGGCCUGAUGGCAAGGAAAUCACUCCACGCUCCAUACUCAAAUCAGCAUCAAACCCUCCAACUCCACAAAAGAAGUCUGUUCAAUUUGUGGAUGACCUAGAAAAUGCUAGCUCAACAAGCUCUUCAAUGGUAGAUCCUGAACAUGCCAAUAGACGUGAAUUUACUCCAACACACAUGGCAAAAAGAAUGAAACUGAGUCAUUGGGCUGACGAUACCACUCAUAAUGAGAUUUCAUCUUCCACUCCUGAAAAAUAGUGACAUCCUACCUGCAAUUUAAUGUGACAAUCGAUUACUUAAAUUUUUAUUACUUCAUAUGAUUAUCAAAUAAAUUAACUA